GGCAGUAACGCUAGACAUGUGACACCAGAUCACCAGAAUGCGGAAAGAGUCCCGAGGAUCUUGUUAUGGGGUUUACGGUUUAUCAACAAAACCUAUAAGCGGCAAUUAAACGGUUUAAUUAUCUAAUAUUUGGGCGUUUGUGUUGUCAAGAAAGAAAACGGACAAUUGAACACACAAACCCUGCUGUUAAAAAUAAAAGCAAAAUGUCAUCGGAAGAGUUUGAAAAGCUGCAGGAGAUCUUCAAAUCCCUUUAUGACGAACUGAAGUUGAUGCCCGACAGAUUACUGAAAUGUCAAGGAGAGGAAAAGAAGAGGUUGGUGCGAACUUUUGACGAAAGACAUGGCGAGGCAGUGGAAGUGCUGCAAGGGAUGGAGCAGGAAUUGAUCGGUGUUCCCUCGUCCUACCGAAACACCAUGUCCACCAAGCUCCGUCUGUACCGCAGAGACCUGGGGAAGCUCCAGAGAGAGGUGAAGAGCUCUGACCUGUCCUCCACCUUCUCUACCCGGCCAGCAGAGGGCGCCUACGGGAUCUACUCCUCUCAGAACGAACACAGCACCCAGCUUCAGUCUCAGAGGGCCUUGCUGCUCCAGGGACACGAGCACCUGAACAAUGCCAGUCAGAGUAUAGAGAGGAGUCAGCGCAUUGCUGCAGAGACGGACCAGAUCGGCGUGGACAUCAUCGAGGAGCUGGGAGAGCAGAGAGAACAGCUGGACCGCACCAGAGACCGAUUGGCCAACACUGGCGAGAACCUCAGCCGGAGCAGAAAGAUCCUACGAGCCAUGUCUCGACGACUGAUGACCAACAAGCUGUUGUUAUCCGUCAUCAUUCUGAUGGAGCUGGCCAUACUGGGUGCAGUAGUCUACCUCAAGUUCUUCCGCAAGUAGUAGGCUCGCUGACGGAUCAACAAGCAAUACAGGUCGCAGCCAGCGCUCAGCAAAGCUCUCCUCUCCCUGUCCUCUCCGCUCUCUUUUCUGUCCUUUCCCUUGUCCUGUCCCCUCUCUCUCUCUCUUUCCCCUUGUCCUCCCCUCUCUCUUCUCUGUCCUCUCUCUUCUCUGUCCUCUCUCUUCUCUGUCCUCUCUCUUCUCUGUCCUCUCUUUUCUCUCUCUCUUCUCUGUCCUGUCCACAUAAACCUCACUAUGCUGUUCCUGACCUAAACCACUAAACUCUUGUAAUAUAUCCCUGAACCUGGGGAGUGCUCAUGAGUACACGGCACGGUAUUCUUGACUGAAGAUGAGGAACAAUGUGAGAAAGAAAGGAUGAGCGUUUCUGUUCUUCAGGACGGGAGUGUAUCUAAAACUCAACGAGACGUGUUUCAAUCCAGGAUGUAUGGACCGAACCAAACCCAGGACCGUUAUAUUAAUACUGGACAUGGAUGUGAUACAGACGUGUUAAUGUACAAUACACUGUCGUCUGAUCCAGGAGUGAACUGCCGGGGUUCUGUUGUGCACACUUUAUCACAGAGAAGUUUCUGUAGUCGUUUAUUUACUGACUCGAGUUGCUGUGUAGGAUGGAUUUAUGAUUUUUUUUUUGUGUGUGUGUGUUUUUGUCUCAGGUCUGAGCGUUAAGUCCUCAAAUCAAUCCUACCCAUGCUCCUUUACUCUUAGUCUCGACAUAGAACUCUACUGCUGUAGGGGCCUCCCGAGUGGCGCAAGGCCGCGACCGGGAGACUCAUGAGGGGGGCGCGCAAUUGGCCGAGCGUCGUCCGGGUUAGGGGAGGGUUUGGCCGGCGGGGAUAUCCUUGUCCCAUCGGGCACUAGCGACUCCUGUGGUGGGCCCGGGCGCUGUGCACGCUGACCAGGUCUCCGACACAUUGGUGCGGCUGGCUUCCGGGUUAAGUGGGUGUUGUGUCCAGAAGUAGUGCGGCUUGGCUGGGUCGUGUUUCGGAGGACGUACGGCUCUCGACCUUCGCCUCUCCCGAGUCCGUACGGGAGUUGCACCGAUGAGACGACUGUAAAUACCAAUUGGAUACCACGAAAUUGGGGUGGAAAAAUGGGAUUAAAAAUAAAUAUGAACUCUACUGCUUAUGCUGUUGUUAUGACAACACCUUGAGGGCUGAGCAGUUGAAGGAUUUAUCCAUGCUGACUUUGUGAACUACUCUUUCAUUGAAAUGCAUGAAAUUAAAAUAUGCAUUCUACAUUAAUGAAUUCCCUCUGUACUAACAAUAACAAAAAGUAAUGAAUUGAUAUAAAUGUGGUUUCUAAAUGUA